AUGGAGCAGUCCCCUGCAAUGCAUUCUGACUACUUGGUCUCAGGGAUUCGAACUCCGCCAGUGAGGAGGAACAGCAAACUGGCAACACUGGGCAGGAUCUUCAAACCAUGGAAGUGGCGAAAAAAGAAAAACGAGAAGCUAAAGCAGACAUCUGCAGUGCUGGAGAAGAAGAUGACAGCACGACAAGGUCGGGAUGAACUCAUUAAGAAAGGCCUUCUGGAGAUGAUGGAACAAGAUACCGAAGGGAAAGCCUGCACUGGUGACGAUGCCACGAGAGCAACGCAGAGUGACCCUCCAGCUCCUGUGUGCCAGACACUUGCCUCAGAAGAGGGGCAGCAAGAGAGUACAAUAGCAGCCACAACGAAUGUGACCUUGCUUGGUGAGGAGCUGCAUUUGGAUGAGCUGAAAGAAGAUGCAGCCAAGAAACCUUCAGCACCCACGGAAGAAUUAGAAGAUGCCAGCCUGCCAGCAUCUGAAGACAGUCCGCAAGCCUUACUUGUAUCUGAAUCCACAGAUUCCCCCCAGAAACAGACAGAAAGAAACCCAGCACAGCUCCCCAGCCCUCCAUUGCUCCCAGCUCCACCACCUAAGGCAAUCUCCAAAAUCACAAAGAGCAUAACAG